AAGUAGCGAAAGUUCAUCUCCUACCUCUCUUUUAUCUGUGCUACCUCAUUAUUGUUUUUAUGAGCCUUUUAUAAAUGCGCUGACAGUUCGUUGUGGCUUUCACAGUUUCUGCAUUUCAUUGAAUCUUUGUGGGUUUUUGUAAUUUUUAAUCUUUGUGCAUGCAGAAGUUGUAGGCAUCACCAAAGAUUGUUGCAUUCUAAAUUAUAUGAGAAAGAGAACUUGUUUAGAGUUAGAACUAUAAUCUAUCUCAUAAAAGCGAUUGUCAAAGCGUUUCUUAAAUAUCUUGAUCUUGUUUGAGGUCAUGGGUGUUUGGUGGUGGAGUAUUUUUCUUGCUGCAAUUCUCUUCUUUCAUGACUUUUGUGCCUCUGAAACAGCUCCAAACUACUCCUUUAUGCAGAACGCAACCUCAGCUCCAUCGGUAUCCUACUACGAUUACAUAAUUGUUGGUGGUGGUACAGCUGGCUGUCCUUUAGCUGCCACUCUUUCUCAAAACUCAUCCGUUUUGUUACUUGAACGUGGUGGCUCACCUUAUGGCAACCCUAACAUCACGAGCUUAUCUUCUUUUGGUGCUGCUCUCUCUGAUCUCUCUCCCACUUCUCCAUCCCAGCGUUUCAUUUCUGAAGAUGGCGUCAUUAAUGCCCGCGCACGCGUUUUGGGUGGAGGCUCUUGCCUCAACGCCGGCUUCUACACUCGCGCCCCUCCAGAUUAUGUCAGAGAUGUGGGGUGGAACGGACGGUUAGUGAACGAAUCGUACGAGUGGGUAGAGGAGGUGGUGACAUUUGAGCCACCAAUGCGGCAGUGGCAGUCUGCAGUGAGAGAUGGGCUGCUAGAGGCGGGUGUGUUGCCGAACAAUGGCUUCACAUAUGACCAUCUGUAUGGGACAAAGAUUGGUGGAACUAUUUUUGAUCAAAAGGGUCAGAGACAUACUGCUGCUGAUUUGUUGGAGUAUGCUAAUCCUACUGGCCUCACUGUUCUCUUGCAUGCCUCUGUCCAUAAGAUAUUGUUUAGACAUAAAGGCAAAAUUAGGCCGUUGGCUCAUGGAGUGAUUUUCAGAGAUGCAAAAGGAGCAAAGCGUAGAGCAUAUCUGAAGAAUGGCCCCAAGAAUGAGAUUAUAAUAUCAUCUGGCGCGCUUGGAAGCCCACAACUUCUGAUGUUAAGUGGAGUGGGUCCUGCAGAACACCUCAAGGCUCACAAUAUCACAGUAGUGUUGGACCAACCAUUGGUUGGUCAAGGAAUGUCCGAUAACCCCAUGAAUGCAAUUUUUGUGCCCUCCCCUCUUCCGGUAGAGGUUUCCCUUAUUCAGGUCGUCGGCAUCACCCAUUUUGGAAGCUACAUUGAAGCUGCAAGCGGCGAAAACUUUGCUGGUGGCUCAAGUCCACCUAGAGACUAUGGCAUGUUUUCUCCUAAGAUUGGGCAGCUCUCUACAGUGCCUCCCAAGCACAGGACCCAAGAAGCCAUAGACAAAGCUGUUGAGUACAUGAACCAACUGGACGACACAGCCUUUAGAGGUGGAUUCAUUCUUGAAAAGGUUAUGGGGCCAGUCUCCACAGGCCAUUUGGAGCUCAGAAACCGCAAUCCAAACGAGAACCCGUCAGUCACCUUCAAUUACUUCAAAGAACCCCAAGACUUAAGCAGAUGUGUCCAAGGCAUUCAAACCAUAGAGAAAAUAAUUGAUUCAAAAGCUUUUUCCAAGUUCAGAUAUAAUUUUAUGUCGUUACCAACACUACUGAACAUGACAGCAAGUGGCCCAAUAAAUUUGUUACCGAAACAUAGCAAUGCAUCGACAUCAUUAGAGCAGUAUUGCAAAGAUACAGUGAUGACCAUAUGGCAUUAUCAUGGAGGGUGUCAAGUUGGUCAGGUUGUCGAUCAGGAUUACAAGGUUCUUGGUGUGGAUGCAUUAAGGGUUAUUGAUGGAUCCACGUUUAAUUAUUCUCCUGGGACUAAUCCACAAGCCACUGUCAUGAUGCUUGGAAGGUACAUGGGAGUGAAGAUUUUGAGUGAAAGAUUGGCAAAGUGAUUGACACGCAUCGUUUGAUGUUUGUUUUUCUAUUCGAAUUAAAUAAAAUUAAA